GGUGGGUUUGCUUGGGAAAAGGUGCGCUGUUUGACUGUUUUCGAAUUCGAACGUCAGUUUGAAAUCGCUAUUGCCAACGUAAACGUGCUACGCUGCGUCGAUUGUGGACGCGAAAAGUUCGCCGAUAACUAACGGGCGUUGUGAUUUGGCCGCUAUUUAACGUUUUUUUCAUUGUAAUCAGUAUUUUUAUUAAUUUAUUUUCGAAUGUUAGCCUCGUAAAAACAGCAGCUGUAGUUUAUAACGACGACUUCAUGUGGGGGCGAGUGCACUGACCUACCAAAAAAAAGCUUUAAACCAACAGUUGUAAAAAAAUAUUAGAUAAUCACCGAGGGUGAUGCGACACCUACUCGCCCCAAAAAUGGAAAACACGCUUCGGUUCCACUAAAAUCCUCGUGCGCCAGUUUUGUGUUUUCAGUGUGGAAAGCCCUGAUGAGAAAUACAGUUCCAGGAUAAAUGUAAUCGGGGUGUUGUGAUUUCUGGUGCCGUAAUUCGGCUUAAUGCGAACCCUGGCGGAGACUGAGAGGAGCACACUGCCAAGGGGGUGGGUUAGACAGGCCGUCAUGGGGGUGCUAAGAUGGAAAGAGUUACCACCUGGAAGGACAGACUAUUCCAAAACAGCGACGCUGCAGCCGACGACACAGAGGCACAACGAUAAGGACAACAACAAAGAUGACAGACUAUCGAAUAAUAACAUUAAAAUCUCUCCCAUCGCGACCCCAUCGCAACAAACACCGCCGGCGUCCCCGCAGCAGGCGAUCGCAUCGAAGCGACUACUUCAAGACACUCUGGCCCGCUCCUCACCCUAUCCCAUGAUAGUUAUUCCCGAUAAGGGUUACUGGAUCGAUGGGACCGAUCACGAAUGCCAUUACGACCAUAGGGGCCAGCCCGUUAUACCUCACGGAACGUGGAGGGCGAAAAUUGAAACCGACGAUACGGCUAAAUGUUAUCGGAGAUUUUUUGUCGGAAGGUAUUCCGUUUGGCAAUCGGCCAAGCAUUCGUUUUUCCAUCAAGUUGUGUUUACUUUAUCGUAA